UCACUUGCAACUUGCUAACUGCAACAGCUAGUUCUCUCUCUCUCCCCAGUAUUCCCAAAUCCAUGGCCAAGUUCACCCUGGACGACGCCGACGACGACCCUCCCGUCGCUACCGCCCGCGACAAGAGGAAGCGCGACGAUGGCCCCGCCGACGCCGAGGACGAACCCCCCAGGGCCCGGGGUUCGGCGGUCGCGGGCCGCGAGCCAGCGGCGCCCGGCGCGGAGGCGGAGGCGGCCGGGCGGCGCGGGCCGGCGGAGGAGAUGGCCAACGGGGAGGUCGAGGGUGGCCUCAGCGUGCAGAUCGACCCUGACGUGCUCGACUGCUCCAUCUGCUUCGAGUCCCUCCGCCCUCCCCUCUACCAGUGCCAAAAUGGCCAUGUAGCAUGCUUUUCCUGCUGGUCCAAGCUCAGCAAUAAGUGUCACAUUUGUUCUCGCGAUGCCAAAUUUGCUCGAAAUAUUGCAUUGGAGAAGAUUGUUGAGUCAAUCAAGUCCUCUUGCUCAUAUGCAAAGUGGGGUUGCUGCAAGUUUAUCAACUACGCACAAAGAGAUGCUCAUGAAGAAGCUUGUCUUUUUGCUCCUUCAGUGUGCCCAAUCUCUAAUUGUGGAUAUAGAGGAUUCACUGGACGUUGGUCAGGACACUUCCUUACCAGCCAUAGUUCAGAUGUUAUGAGGUUCAUCUAUGGUCAGCCUUUUGAAGUAAAUAUUGAGGUAUCGGUGCCUUUUCUGGUUUUUCUUGGAGAGGAUGACCACCUUUUCCUUCUCCAGAACAAUAACCUGACGCCCUUCGGGCAUGCGUUUUCAGUAGUUUGUCUUAGGAGUGGCAAUCUAAAUUGGAUGUUCUCCUACCAAAUUGAAGCAACUAGUAGAAAGAAACCUGAAAAUAGACUGCAACUGAAGGCUUCUGUCACAAAUACAAGGCAGUGGACAGGUAUUUACCCUUCAGAAGCUUUCCUUUUGGUACCGUUUGACUUCUGCCAUUCUAGCAACAUAGUACUCAAUAUCUCCAUUGAGAGAUAUGCCGUUGUAUGAUUUCAACCUGUUAUGUUCUAAAUAUUUAAAAUGUAAAUUAGUGUAUAGAAGUGUAAACACAGCGUCUGCUUGUAUGUAUAUAUUAAAAAAAAUAAUGUACAGUAAAAAAAAAUUAUUUGAGCCCUUUACUGUAUGUGAAACAUUUUAACGAUUA